AGUCGCUCAUUCUCGCGUCACAGCUCGCACCAACUCCGUCCAGAGGGCCCCGCCUCGGUCCUUCUCUAUUUCUGGGGCCGUCCCCACCGCACCACGCCGAGGCGGUUCUGAGCCCGUCCGCCCCUCCGCUGAGAUCUCUGAUCUCUGUCUCCUCUCAUCUCUGCCUCCCUUCCAUGGAGAUCUCCGCCAUUCUCUCCUUCCUCCUCCUCCUCUUGGCCACCGCUCUCACCGAUCUCCGGAGGGUCGACGGCUCGAUCCACACCUACGAUCACGAGCCCUUCAAGGAGGUCGGCAAUGCCUUCCUCCUCUCCGGCGGCAGCGAGGGGAUCGUUGCCUCCGAUCCCGCUGCCGCCAAAAUUUCCCCCGGGAUCGAUGAUGGCCGCUCCUAUAUCAGGUUUGAGAACAUCACAUUCUGGAGGACAAAGUAUGCAGCUGAGCAGCAUUCAAGCAUGGAGCAUAGUACUGGGUUGAUCCAAGUUAUUAUAUUUGAAGCAUCUGAUCGGGAUAAUAUUGGUGGAUCUGCUUAUGGUGGACAAAGAUCUAUAUGUUGUACCCCUGAUCUUGCUAAGCUUGAGGAUUGCAAGCAAGGCGAAGUCAUAAAGAGACCAUCAUCUGUAGAUUUGAACUGGCCUGUUGUAAUAAGUGUACACUUUAGUGCAAAUUAUCUAUCAACAGUAUUGAAAGCCAAGGAUAUAAAUAUAACAAAGACUGGAAUGUAUAACUUGUUCUUUAUCUCUUGUGACCCAAAGUUGAGAGGACUCUCAGUGAGUGGAAAAACAAUCUGGAAAAACCCUGGUGGUUACUUGCCGGGGAGGAUGGCUCCCUCAAUGAGAUUCUACAUAUUCAUGUCAAUGGCAUAUUUGCUGCUAAGUAUCAUUUGGUUUGCUCAGUAUGUAAGGUUUUGGAAGGAUAUACUGCCAUUACAGAACUGUAUCACCCUAGUUAUUGCUCUUGGCUUGUUUGAAAUGACUCUAUGGUACUUUGAAUAUUUGAAUUUUAAUAACACUGGCAUGAGGCCUGUUGGAAUAACAACUUGGGUGGUGACUGUUGGAGCUGUUAGAAAAACAGUUUCGCGUCUACUUAUACUUUCUGUUUCAAUGGGAUAUGGUGUUGUCCGGCCAACUCUUGGAGGUCUUACCUCAAAGGUGCUUCUUCUCGGAAUAACCUAUUUUUUGGCAUCAGAGUUACUGGAUAUUGCAGAAAAUGUUGGAACCAUUAAUGACAUUUCAGGCAAAGCUAGGCUUUUCCUCGUCCUUCCUGAUGCAUUCUUGGAUGCUUUCAUAAUACUCUGGAUUUUUACCUCUCUUUCUCGGACGCUGGAAAAGCUACAGGCAAGGAGAAGUUCUGUGAAGUUGGACAUAUACAGGAAGUUUACUAAUGCAUUGGCAAUUGCUGUGAUCGCUUCCGUUGCUUGGAUUGGAUAUGAGGUUUACUUCAAGGCAACAGACCCUUAUAGUGAACGGUGGCAGAGUGCAUGGAUCAUCACUGCCUUCUGGGACAUUCUUUCCUUUGCCUUGCUCUGUGUUGUGUGCUAUCUGUGGGCACCAUCUCAAAGCUCUCAAAGAUAUGCCUAUUCUGGUGAAACUGGAGAAGAUGAUGAUGAAGAAGCUCAGUCUCUAACCAAAGGGACAUCCGAUGGUGACCUAGGAAUGGUGAAGCUUGAUAAGAAAGAAAGGAGUGCAGGUCACACUGAUGCCUUUAGUCUUGAAGAUGAGGUUGAGGAGGACAAGCGAGAAUGAUUGCUCAUUGAACUUAAAACACUAAUUGUUAAAGAGAUUUGCUCAAGCUGGGGAGCCAACGAUCACCUGCUGAGAUCUUGCAGUGCUUGGGUAGCGGUCUCCUUAUUACUAUUCUUUGUACCAUUUUAACUUUUGUAUUUUUGCCUUCUCUCAUCGGUUUUCUAGUACUAGUUGGUACAGGAUGUGUAUCAUAUGUAGCGGGCUUGGAUAGCAGGCUAUUUGGUCCAUUUGUCUGUAACUGCACUGUAUGUACAUGAUGCGGUGAUGAAAAACAUAUAUUUAGUGAGUCAUGAUUUGCCUGGC